AUGGAGAAUAGGAGACUAACAGCAGCUGAAAAAGGGAAAGGAAUGGUCUCAGAACCAUACCAAGCUCCACGGAAAGCUCGAGUAAGAGCCCCAGAGCCGGCCAACUCAUACCUUCUCCAGAAACACUCCCUAACCCUAAUUGGUAGGGUCACGAACCUAUCUGUUCAAAAGGUUUGGUCUUUACUACCUUUCUUCACAGACCGCUGGGCCACUGAGACACGCCCGGUGGGGUCCGACCUCGGACAAGGUAUGUUCCAGUUCCAAUUUGCAAGAGAAGAGGAUCUCCUCUCGGUCCUUGAAAAGCGACCCUACCGCUAUGCAAAGUGGAUGGUCAUCGUAGAAAGAUGGAACCCCACCACUGCACCUGACUUUCCAUCACUCAUUCCGUUUUGGAUUAAAGUCCAGGGCCUCCCUGUGCACCUCUGGACGGAGGAUACUGUCAAAGUUAUAGGGGAAGAUCUGGGUGUUUAUGAAACAGCCGAUAUAACUUCACUCAGUGCUAGAAUAAGGGUACAGAUCAAUGGGAGACUUCCCCUCAUCAUGGAAUCAAUUGUUGAGUUUCCAAACGGCGACGAAGUAACAGCAACCCUCGUCUAUGAAGGCCUGGAUAAACACUGCACCUACUGCAAGCGCUUAGACCAUGAAGCUAGAGAAUGCCUAAAGGCUAAAGCAGAGAAAAAAGAGCAACAAUCUCAAGUGGAGGAAGAAAAGAAAGCUCAUACUCAAUCUGAAAACGCAAGGGGCUACAAUGACCACAGACCCUCAGAGUAUGGAAAAUCAACCUCCCUUCGGCAUAGAAACUCUGAGCGUUUAGGCCCUUAUAGCAGAGAUAAUCGAAGCUAUUCUCGUGAACGACACCAUGGAGUGUACAAACCUUCUGAAUCAACCAGAAACACAAAUCCCAGAAGAUCGGAAGACAGAAACUAUCAGUGGCGGCAAAUCUCAGAUAAAAGAGCAAUGGAGAGAGAACGAUCCUCUCACACAUCUGCUUUCCGUGCAGCACAGAGGAACAACAGCCAACCUCCCCGGUUUGAGAUACCACAAACUACAGACCCUUCAGCUAGAGUUGGGAGACUUCCUAGCCCUCCAAUUCUUCCCCGAAUUGACAGAGAGGAAUCUAGUGCAUCUAAAGGAGGACACGUCUCAACUGAUAGGGGGAUUCCCCUACGGUUACCAAUCGAUGACCUCCCCACAGAUGCGAUGGAAGAAGCGUUGGGAGAAGUUAGAGGUUUUAUGAACCAAUAUGCGUCUGUAGCUGAUCCAACAGAGAGCGCAGCUCGGAUGGAGAGAUACCGUCAAGCGGAAGAACUUGGAGAAUUUGAGGAAACAGCCGCACAUAUGGUGAGAGCAAAACUUGCGUCACAAGCAACCCCUCCAAUGGAACGUACGGCUACGCCUAGUCCAAAAAGAACCUCUGCCAUCCUCCGGCUGGGACCCCCUCCACCACUCUCAAAGGGAACAAGCCCACCUGACCAAACCGCGCCCCGACGCAAGCCGGGAAGACCACCAGGAUCAAAGAGAACAGUACAUUCGAGUCCAAAACUCUUAGCGGGCUCUACCUCACGAAAACGAAAGGUACAACAGACAAAACCUCCUACAUGCCGUAGGAAGCUCACUCCAGCUAAUACGCCAAGUGCUGUACCAAGAGGGCAGAAAAACAGACCUACAAACUCACGCGAUAGCUCUAACAGGAGAGGCUCGUCACAGAACUCAGACGAUCAGCCGCUAUCCCGCAUGGUGCCUGCGAUCACAAAGAAGAAGAAGACGGAUUUUCACAAUCCGUCAACUCUCGUUCCUUAA